GAUAGAAAGACGGCAACGCUAUCCGGUAUGUUCCUGAUCCACAAUCCGCAAAAAAAGAAAUAGUACUUCUCUUUCUCAGACCCGAUCAACUCAAUCUUUCAUUCCAAUAACCCCCUUUGAGCUCGGUGAUAUACUCAAUGCCUCCGUUCGUGCCGACUAUUGCAUUCCAUUUACCAUGUCGAGGUUCUAUUUCGAGAUCAAUAUACUACAGAGCCCUGAUUCACCUGUUGUCGGAAUUGGCCUGUCCAAGGAACACGUCCAUCCUGACGACUUUGUCGGCUGGAAGGAGGACUCCUGGGGAUAUCACGGCGACGACGGUAAUUUCCACACGGCCGGCCAUCACGAGCCCUACGGUCCAUAUUAUGGCGCCGGGGACGUCGUCGGUUGUGGGUAUGACCGGCAGUCGCAAAGUAUUUUCUUCACCGUGAACGGUGAGAAGCAGAGAGACGUAGCGACGGCGGUGUGCGGUCAGCUGUAUCCGACCGUCUCGAUCCAGCGCCUGGUGGCCGACACACAUGUCGUCAUCAACUUUGGGCCGUACUUCCAGUUUGAUACCGCCGAGCUCGAUCUGUCGUCGGCCUCUGUGAGUCAGGAUGAUGCAGAGCUAUGAUUCCGACAUAGAGAGAGAGAGAGAAAGAGACAAGUUUGGGCCAGGAAGGGGCAGGGGGGGGGGACGGAUCUUGCGGUAUGUGUGAUGCUUGCAGGGUGUGGGAUUAGGGCCUGGCGCGAAAGCACGGAUCAUGUCUUAUUCCCAACAACAAACGCCAUGCCUCACAACCGAGCAGACAGACGAUAAUUAUACUCAGAAGUACAGGGUGACGUGAUCUGAUCGCCAAGUUGAAACAUCCCGAGAUGCAUGCGCAUCCACUUGACUUCCGACCGAAUAGCAUUUCCCCGUUUCAGUGAGGGACGCAUUUGCCGUACCAAUCCAGUUUCGGGAUGAAUAGACAUGCAUUCGAGGAUGCGGUGCCAGUCCUCAGCGCAGACAACAAACACAACCAGAAUUUUACUACUGGUAAUCACAAAGAAGUGUAAAAAACAUACAACAGAAGGGAUUCGCUGGUGGUCACCCACCCAAC